AUGUCCGCUUUAGAUCAAUCUUUGGAUGAAAUUAUUGGUUCUGCUAAGCAGGCCAGAAGAAACAACAAGACCGGCCCAAAGAAGGUUUCUAAGAAUAUCAACAGAAACCGUCCUAGACCAGGAACUGGUCCAGCCAAGGGUCCAAAGAAGGGUCCUACCGCUGCUGCCCUAGUGCCAGCAUUGCUAAGAGCCCCUCUAUCUACCAGAGUUAAUGUCGAAGGUUUGCCAAGAGACAUUAACCAAGAUGCUGUCAAAGAAUUUUUCAAUCACCAAGUCGGUGGUGUCCAAAAGGCUUUGUUGAGUUAUAACGAAAGAGGUAAUUCCACUGGUAUGGCUACUAUCACUUUCAAGAACGUUGAACAAGCCAACCUAGCUGUCAAGAAAUUUAACAAUGCUCCAAUCGAUGGUGGUAAAUCAAAGCUAAGAUUAACUCUAAUUGUUGAUCCAAGCCAAAAGACUCUAUUGGACAGAAUUCGUCCAGUCCAAAAUGUUGCGGCCAAGAACGCUGCUAAGAAGCAGGUACCAGCAAAGGCUCAACCAAAGAAGAAGACAGCAGGUCCAAACAAGAAGGCCAUUGCAGCCAAGCAAAAGAAGAGAGCAAAGCCAGAAAAGAAGUCUUUGGAAGACUUGGACAAGGAAAUGGCCGACUACUUUGAAGAAUCUAAGUAA